GUUUCACUUUCUUCCUCCAGCAUUGAAGUCGCAUCGUUUUCACGCCAACUGCGUUUUAGGCGGAAUUCCAGCAUGUUUGUCUUCCGUUAACGUCUCCCGGUUGGUUUCUGCGGGCCGGAACCCGAAGAAAGCCGAAGCGCGCUUCGUGUUUCCCCGUCGGAGUGACGGACAGCGGCCCUGAAGUCAGACGGACGAUGUUGGGGUUUCUUCUGCUUCUCCUCUCCGCCGUUUCCGCCGAUCCAGGGGGCAGGACAUACGUGCAGGAAGGUGGGGAGGUGGAGCUCAAAGCUGAGGGAGCCCCUCCCACCAUAACCAGCAUCUCCUGGAAGUUUGGGCCGGAUUUGGCCGCGGAUUGGGAUGGAGCCACGGUGGAUUACUAUCGUCAUUUCGAAGGUCGCACCCAGCUGAACACCUCCACCGGAGCCAUGGUGCUGAGGAGCCUGAACCGCACCGACACCGGCAAGUACACCCCGGAGAUCAACAACCGAAUCCUGGACCCGGUCCAGCUGUCCGUCAUCGCCGCCGUCCCCGUUCCCUCCAUCACAGCCUCCUGCAAUGAGGAGAGGACCCUCUGCAAGAUGACCUGUGAGGCAGACACGGCAGGAGCCGAACCCGCCACGUUUGUGUGGAAGGCAGACGGUCGAGAAGUUCAACGGUCCAAGACUCUACAGAUCCAGAAGAACGAGUCCUCCGUGAAGGAGUUCCUCUGUGAGCUGAGGAACCCGGUCAGCCAGGAGAGCAGCUCCUCCCCCAACCCCUUCUCCUCCUCCCCCACUGAGGCUCCAGGCGCUGCAGGGAGCCUGAAUAUCCCCACCGGAGUGACGGUCUUCGUGGUUCUGCUGGUUCUGGUGCUGCUGCUGGGGGUCCUCCACAGGCUGAGAACAGGGUCCUGGUUCUUCCAGAAAGACUCCAUGCCCUGGGAAGCAGACUUCUGGAGGAGAAACGGGAGUCCAGAGAGAACGUCGGUGCCGACGGACGACGCCGCUUCAGAAAAAGACUGACACCCGGAACCGGAGACGCUCCUCGCCACGGAGAGAGAACCAGGAGGAACCCCGUUCUCCCAGGGUGAGGAGAAUCCAUCGGACAAUUCCUGGAAGUCCAGGCGCUUCCUGUGACGGACGGCGUACCUGAUCUGAGCGGGUCGCGAGGAGCAGCGAGACAAAAGAAGGUCAUUCUGAACCGCCUGCAACAAUUGGAGGUUUGUGCAGCGGCGCCGUCUGACGGCGUGCAGGCGGUCGGAAGAAACAGUUGUUUUUACAGAAACACUAGAGGUCAGCAGAGAUUCUGAAGGGAGUUUAUUCUGCAUGUUUUCAUCCAAAAACGGAAAAUAUUUAAUAAAGACUAAAAACAAA